AUGGCUUGGUGCUGCGGCUGCUGGGAGAAAUAUUCGUUGUGGGACGAAAUAGUAAAGGCGUUUAAAUAUAUGAGUGACAUCUUAUAUGUGACUCACCCUUCAAAAGAUCCUGCUGCCGGCACCAGGAAGCUUAGCAAAAUGGAUAUUAGCCGACUGGAAGAACAAUAUUACUGCAUAACACAGAAGCAAAAGCAGCAGUCGCACAUUAUUGUCUUUAAAUCAGGCAAUAACGAACUGAUCUCCGGAGAACCAGUUGUGAGCACAGUUCCAGUUAACGAGAGAGUCAAGAAGCAAAAGGUGUUCAAGGAACAGGUUCCUGUUAAAGAUGUUGCUUUGGAAGUGCCAGAUAAAAACUAUCUUCAGGACUAUAGUGGUCCCUGGCAUGCGCAUCUAAAUAUCCAUCGUAUGGGGCAAGUGGAUUGUCACGUCGCUCUAGAAGGUGGGAAAACAGAAGCCGAGAAAGAACGAAGUUUUGAAAAUAAAAAACUUUCCUUUAAUAGGAUGUUAAGUUAUGAAAAGUUGCCAAUAAACGAUACAGGGUUGAACAUAAAAGAAAGGAAAUUAAGUUUUACCGGGGAGAUCCAUCAAGUCCACAGUGUGUACAGAAAAUCAUCUCUCAACAACACUAUUUCACCAUCAUGGACUCACCAUCAAUUCCCUUCCUCAAAACCAACUUCACCAACAGAGAGGGUUUUCUACUACCCAUUCCCGCAGAAGAAAUCCCCUCGCAUUUCAGAGACUGCCAGAAAACUUGGCUUAUAUGUAGGACAUUAAAACAAACAUUCACAUAUGCAACUAAAUACAAUGUGAACUGCCACACCUUCCCCCGCAAAAUUAUUUUUAUAAAAACUUGUUUAACAUGGA